GCCAAACAGAUUGAUGACUGAAAUGAUAGAAGAAUGUGAAGAAUUCACCCGUGAUGAUAAGCAGUUGGAAAACUAUCAGCAGGAAGAGACUGAAACUGCUUAUGGAAGAAGAACUUGACUUUGAUUGAGAAUUACUCACGCGCUUUGUUUUUCAACAUGGCUGCCAUGGAAUGGCUUUGCGUGCAAAUCAACUUCCUGUUCAACCUUUCAAGAUCAGCCAUUGACCCCAGCUUGGCAGGACUUGCUGCUACAUAUGGCUUAAAUCUUAAUGUUCUUCAAGCUUGGGUCAUUUGGAACCUUUGCAAUGUUGAAAACAACAUUGACCCUCUUCAACAGCACACAGACCUUGAUAUCUGGCAGGUUCUGGGUAAAUGCCACCUUGCUGAGAUAGUACAACAGGAUUGCAGAUUCUUAGAUGCCCCAGUUGCUGAAGAUGGAGAAAACUGGAGUAAAGGGCAAAGGCAGCUCGUUUGUUUGUCGAGGGCCUUACUACAGAAGAAGAAAAUAUUGGUUCUUGAUGAGGCUACUGCUUCAGUGGAUACUGCAACUGACAAUGUGAUUCAGAAAACAAUAAGAGAAGAGACCAGUGAUUGCACAGUCAUAACAGUUGCUCAUCGAAUUCCCACUGUCAUUGACAGUGAUCUUGUUCUUGUUCUUGAUGAAGGAAGAAUUCUUGAAUAUGAUUCUCCUGCUCGGCUACUGGACGAUAGUUCUUCUGCAUUUUGUAACUUGGUGAGUGAAUUCUUGAGGAGGUCCACCAAGGCUAACCAAUUCUAAUCUCUGGCUUGGAAACAUUCUCCACUUAUACAUGCAUUCCAAUCCUAAGUAGACACCGAAACUGGGAAACAACCUGAGAUAGGUGUCAGUUUUGAAAAUUUUCUCCCAGUCUAACACAUCCUAGUUAGGAAGGAGGAAGACGUAGAAAGAAGGAACUCUGCUACUGAAACAGAGGUUUUCGCAACUAACCUGCACGG